GUAAGUGUCCCCAACUACAGUGCUGCAGGCACAUUGUCCCAGGGCCUCUGUGGUGCUCCUGAUGCCCCUCACCCACUGUCGAAGAUCCCCGGUGGGCGAGGGGUUGGCAGGGAUCCUUCUCUCUCAGCUUUGAUAUAUAAGGAUGAGAAGCUCACUGUUAACCAAGAUCUUCCAGUGCAUGAUGGGAAACCACACAUUGUCCACUUCCAGUACAAAGUUACGGAAGUAAAGACUUCUUCCUGGGAUGCAGUGCUAUCCAAUCAGAGUCUUUUUGUGGAAAUCCCUGAUGGUUUAUUAGCUGAUGGGAGUAAAGAAGGGAGCCAGUCCAAAAAUGCAGGAACCAAACAAUGGACACCUGACAAAAUCACUGGACUUAGUGACAGACACCGAGGAAUAGCAGGAUUAUCAGCACUGUUGGAAUUUGCUGAAGAGAAAAUGAAAGCAAGUUAUGUCUUUAUUUGCUUCCGAAAAAGCAGAGAAGACAGAGCUCCAUUACUGAAGACGUUCAGUUUUUUGGGCUUUGAAAUCGUGAGACCUGGCCAUCCUUGUGUCCCAUCUCGACCAGAUGUGUUGUUCAUGGUAUACUCCCUGGAUCAGGUCUCUUCGGAUGACGAUUAGACCCAGUGCAGCACUUCAGUGGGACCUGAGUAUGCUUCAAAGACGAGAGGGGGCUAAAUCGCCUCUUCGGAGGAAGGGAAAAACAAAAUUCUUCUGGACUGAAACCGCAUUUCUUAUUGUUAGAGUGACCUGUAUAUCUUCCGAGUUGACUUUUCCAUUGAAAUGUGUUACCUAGCGAAUAAUAUAAAGUCUGCACAUGUAAUCGCACAAUAGUAAAUGGAAGGUAAAUGGAGCCCUUUCACACAGCUCUGUGGUCUGCUGGUUAGCCUAGUGGAGACAUCCUGUCCAGACAUGCAGGGGGCCAGGAGUCCACAGGUGAUGAGGGGGACAGGCCUCAUGACUUGUUAAAUUAGUGUUGGGCUUUUCAUUCAGUUGGUUAUUUGGCAUCCAUUUUAAGAACUGCAUAUUCUUAUGUUCACUCAGACUCUUAAACAGGGGGCAUGCUUUUAGUGUAGAGCGGUGAGGAACAUUAACGCUGUUUAGCAAACCAUAGGUGGCACCACUGGGGUGACCAACACUGUGUGGGUUUCUGAAAAGCUUUGUGCUCUAGCCUUUCUAUCAGGUUAAUAUUAACACUGCAUUAGUGCAGCUUUCAAUAAAAAGGGGCAUUCAAACAUGGAAAACUGGCCCUGCUUUCUAGAAAAGGAGCUUAGCUUGAUGCUACCAAAGCAUCCCCUUGUGGGCAAUUGUGGUAGCAUUGCUGUCUCCUGCUGUGUUACGCAGUGUGAGUGGAGAGAAGUAUUGAGCGUUUGGAUGAGUUGGCACCACAGGGUGACCGUACAGGGGUCAAACUUGCUAGGAGACAAAUCCUCAAAUCCACAUGCCACUGGUAAGUGCCCCAGCCCUUUCACACACAGGACACGCAGCACCGCACAGACCUCCUCCCCAGAGGUCUUGCUUCCACUACCAUUUUUGACAAAGGUAAGAAACAGCAGGGAUCCUUUCUGGGCAGGAGGAGAGGGUUACCACUGCUGCUUACUCUCUUCCCAUCCCAGUGCAAACGAGAGAAGACCUGCUUCUCUUUCUGUGUGUUGGAAAGCACAUGGAUUUACGCACAUAUGGAGGCCUAAAUUUGUGGACCCCUGAACCUGAGUUGGGACACCUAUCUCAAACCUUGAUAGAUGCUCAUGUGGCCAGGCUCACCUUAAAAAUUUCCAAUGGAUUCCUGGAUAUUUGAAGGGAACCUGAUCUGACAUCCUUCUAUUCUUAGAUUGCAAUUCUAUGCAUGCUCACUAAGAAUUAUGUCCCACUUGAUGCAGGACAACUUAAUCCUGAACCAACACUCAAGCUAUUAGGAACAGUUUCCUAAUAGCUAACAGUAAAUACCAGUUUACAUUGUUGAAUCCUCAUAUCUUAUCCUUCUGUCAAUGGUCACUGUGAGAUCAAUGGAUGAUAGACUAUUUAAGGGAUGAAUGAUAUAGCUGUUUUUACAAACUUUGUCCAUAAUGUACAAUUCCCAACACUUCUUGUCCAUAACUGAUUAUGUCCUUUAAAAAUAUUUCUCCAAACUGCUUGCAACUUGAACUGGUACAGGGAGAGCCUCAUUAAUUUCCUCCCCUCCCACUAAUACAAACUGGCAACUGGGUCUUAUAAAUAGUACUGAAACUAAAAAUGGCCUGGGAAGGAAUUGCACCCCACAAUAUGUCAGUCACCUGCUUUUUGAUCGACUGUUUAGUUUCUUGGAUUCUGGUUGUCUUGAUGGUCUCACUUGCUGUUACCAAACAAGUGGCAAGUACUAUGUUCUCUUUCUCAUCUAGUAGAAAUAUUUCUCCUGGAGGCUUCAGAGAAAAGGCUGUCCAGGAAUAAACUGAAUGAAGCUGGCUUCCUCCUCUCUCCACUUUCACGGUGGUGCUGAGCAUGGAUGAUGCCUUAGGCAUUAUAGCACAGUGUGUGGCAAGGGAUAACCUACUAUCCUUAACAUAAUAUGUAGAGUUAAUUGUCAUACCAAUGAGUUCAAGAGAUCCAAGCAGCCACAUGUAAACCUGCUACUGACUUGCUAUGAAUAGAUAAACUAAUCUACAGUAAUCUAGACAAGAGGAACGUACAGGGCAAAUACAGAUGACUGUCGGGCAAGGGGUAACAUAUAUAUAUCUCCCUUAACCAUAUAAUCACUUGGUAAACUGAUCAUCUAUAUUUACCAGUCAAAUGUUAAGAACCUUACUGUGCUCUCGCUUCUAGUAUUAGCAUAACGAAGACUAAUAGACAGGAUUGUAGGAAGUGUAAGCUUUUUCCUCACUAGGUGGUAGAACAGGCUAAGUGUACAUGAUGGUGAGUUACCACUUCAUAAUCGAUCAUCUGCAUUUUAACAGGAUUUGGGUUCCAUAAUACAAAAUAUAUUUAAGUUCCUUUAUAAAGCAAUUCACUUUACCUCUGGGUUUUAGGGUGUUAUUCUCAAGCUUCCUUGAUAUAUUCUCGGCAUUUUUAUAUUACCUUCUCUAGUUUUAUUGGCUCUUCUGUACACCUGUGUACUUGCUUUAGGUGUUGCAUAAAGUAACAACAACACUUGUGUGCUCAGUGACCGUUCUUAGCUAACUUCAGUGACUUGUAUUAAUCCUGCAGUUCAAAUGUCUCAGCUCUUACUUGUGAUUGUCAAAUUUUAAAGCUCUAGCUGUUGAAAAAUACUCCUUCUACAGGAAGAAUUUCCUGGUACUUUGUUAACACAAAGCCUCAUAAUUUAAGAGGGAUAAUUCUCCAGUGUUCUUUGACUACUGCAUGAACAGUAGCUCCACUUCGUAGUACAUACUGUAAUCCAGCAUUCAGAUUUUUUGAACUGCCCUGUGCCCAUCCAAUACAGCACCAUCAGUCUGUUCUGCAUCAACAGAGAUCUUCAGCCACAGGAACCGAACAGGUCAUCUCCAGCCACUUGCAGGACUCAUCAACAGAACCAAGCAGCAGCCAUGCUCCCUUCUGCCCAAAUCAGCUUGGGAGGAUGUCGUCACAGGAAGGCACAGUCAACCUAGCAAAUCCAACAGCGUGCAAGAAGAUCCUCUACAGGGGUUAUCCAACCUAUCAGGUUCUCGGAUGAGCUAAGUCACACCUGCCUUGGGUUCCUCUGCCCCUCAGACUUUUGGCUUGCUGUCCUUGCCCAAGGUUCCCCCUCUCCUGUUUGAGUACAGAAGCUGCAAUCAAUAAAUAUCCCAGCAGUUCUUUCCACACCCCUAGCUAACACACACACGUUUCAAAAUGGACUUGGUGCUUUUGGGUUCCUUUCUCUAAUUCUCCAAAUUGUGUUAGCAUCCAUCUUGUCUUGUACAGUUACCCUAAUCCCUUCUGUAAUAUGGCUACCAUUUUAUGGGGCUGGUGGGGUUGAAGUCUGAGUCAUCCUUCAACACCACUCUCAGGUCACCAAGGAAAGAACUGGAAGUGGUCUUUUGGGUUUCUUCAGAUCUGAAAGUCUACCUUCUUAUUAAGAUCCAUGGUUUCAUUUAAUACUUGUA